AAAGUUGGACUAUAAAAGGCAGGUAAAAGGCAGGCCCUGGAUGAGUUCACCCUGUUUCUACAUUUCUCCUUUCAAAAGGUUGGCUGAAAGUUCUCUCAGGUCACAAUGCAGCUCUAUGGAGUUCUGGUCCUGAUGGUGACUCUGUCUACAGCAUAUGGACUGAGAUGCUAUGCAUGUGAAGACUCCCAAAAUUGCCAGGCCGUUGACUGUCCUGCCAACGCAGAUCGUUGCUCAACUCUCACGCUGAACGGUAUCACCACCAAAGGUUGCUUCAUCAGCACUGGAUGCAUAGGUCUCAUAAAAUGCUGCGAAGGUGACCUGUGUAACGGUGCCAUAACCACUGGUUCCAGUGUCCUCCUCCUGCUCUUAUCCUCUGCCAUCAUCACCGUCUUUCUCUGAGGCUCUGGAGAACCCAAACUGUACAACUCAGGCACAAUAACCAAAUUUUCAAUAUGUAAGAAAUGUGACUGGCUGCAGUUCCAGAACUGUUCAAUAAAACCACAAUGUGAUGGAC